UUCUGUAGGCUAAACCCACAUGUAUAAACCCCUUCUCGUUUGGAAACGUCAGCGACCCGAAUACUUUGGAAUCGGAGUCAAUGCUCCGCUUGCAAAUGGCUCGACCGAUACAGCACUGGCCAAAGAAUCUCUGAAUCUUCUUGAGGAAAUGGGUGGACAAUAUCCUGAGAAUGUCAGGGUGCCAUUUCCAGGAUCCUUGUACAACUUGACUGAACAAGCUGAGGUGGAGGACAAGGUGAAGUUUCUGAUCUUGACCUCAGAUCAUAUCAUCAGCCUCAUGGAUGCCACAAAGCAUUCAGUGGAGUGGAACACAAGGACCUUGCAAUAUUUCCUAAAAGUCCUGCACAGGCAGUCAACUGAGCUUAAAGAAUGCGAGGACCCAUACCAAAAGAGGCCAUAUAAGGAGUCUUACAAGAAAAGGAUAAAUAGGCACUUCAGGACUUUAAGGAAGAUUUUAAAGAAAGAAAAAUAUAGUGCUCAAGCAUGGCAGAAGAUCCGGAGAGCUGUGAAAACCCACCUUCAGAGGAUGAACAUCAUCGCGAAUAGCGCAAAAUCAUCAGUUUAACAGACAUCCAGACCUAAUGACAGAAGAAAAAAAUGUCUGACUUGUGACACAUUCCAUUGACCAAAAAAAAGUUGCUGCAAACAAUGCCUUACAAACAAAAACUGAAAAAAAUAACUUAAAUGGUACAAAUUUGUUUGUGUAUUCACAUGUUUGUAUUCCACUGCAAUGAAUGUAGACUAGAAUGUAACCUAGAGUAGCUGAUAUUGAUUAAUGGGUAGUGAUUUAAUACAGUGUUUACCAAAUAUGUUUCUUAUGAAAACUUGAAGUUACCAGAACAAACAAGCUAAUUGUUUCUUAUAAAUACCUGUGAAAUUUGUUCUAUUUGGUUUAGGUAAAAAUAAGCCUAAACUAUACUCAGAUAUUUUGCUAACUAAAUGUAGAAGCAUGCUAUGCAUUUCAGAUCUUGUGUAUUAAAAUAGUCAGCCAGCAUGUUGUGAUGCACAUCCAUGUUGGGUAUAUUACAUGAUUGAUAAGUAUUUAUAUAUCUUUGUACACAAUUUUUUAUAUGCCAGUAAUUUAUUUAUUUAAUAUUAUUUAUAGUUAUUUAUU